ACUCUUCGAUAUUUAUCGUUUCAUUUCAAUUUUCAAUCUUUUAUAAACAAUAAAUGGUUUAAAUUAGACAAUUGGUUGGUAUUUGUCUUAAUGGACUAAAUUAAAUGUUUUAAGGCAAUGAAUAGAUUUCUAAAUAUUAACAAUGGAUUCAAUUUCAAGUAAUUUAACAAUUCUUUUGAGACAAUUGUGCGAAGAAUUGUCAUCCGCACCAGAUGCCGCUUAUGAAUUAGCACUCUCAUAUUUGACCUCAACUAAUGGAAAAGGAAGAACAGUUCAAGAUGAGAGGUUGUUGUGUCAAAAAAUAUACAAUCGUCUUGCAAGCAUCUCUGCACAAGAUGCAGAUAAAUUCACUGAAUCUUAUGCAAAACUCAAAAACUCUCUAAUUUUAAAGCAGCGAGUAUCAAUUUUGUCACUCCUAAUGUCUCUCUCAGACACUUCUCACCAAAAUGAAUCUACUCAACAACUGUUCCCUGUGCCUAAUCUUGCUAUAGCUAACAUUUGUACUGGAUCAAGUAAUAGUAAAAGUACAAUUGGAUCAGUCAGUUGGAGCAGUAAUGUGUUAAAACAAGGAUCAAACCAAAGCCUUCCUGAAGACUACAGUAAUGCUGCAAUUGUGUUGCAGUCCAAUGCACGACCAAACGAGCGCGCAUGUGUCCGUGACGCUGUGUUAGCUGCGACGGGUGUGCGGACGCGCAGUGCAGUCGGAGUGUCUCGACCAAUACAAAUGUUGUACUCCCGCAUUGCACAGUUAGGAUUUCUUCACGACCGGCUUAAAGAAUUCAUUGACCCAUCUUCUGGAUUAAUGCCGCAGGGUUUAAUGGGCGAAGGAUUAGUUUCAUCUAUACGAGAUGAACUUACAGAAUACUAUCGUAGCAUUGCCUUGUUACAAUCACAGGUAUGUGAAGGCGAAGGUGGUGGAGGUACUUUGCGUCGCGUGUGCGUGUGGGCACAGGAGCCUUUACAUCGGCUCACCUGGUUAGCCAACAUGGUUCAUACCGCACAUCACAAGAAAGGUGGUGAAUUAGCAUCAUGUAUUCAUCGGUUUGUGGGUCAUGGAGACGAGCGCGUUGCUACUCUUGCCCGACGUCUUCUAACUGCGUUGACAUAUCCACUGCUGCUCAUGCUAACACGGUGGCUUCUUCACGGUGAAAUCGAAGAUAACUUUAACGAAUUCUUUAUUGAGAGCAGAAACGGCGUACCGAUAGACAGAAUGUGGCAUGAUAAAUAUAGAGUUAGAGAGUGGAUGGUGCCGUCGUUCAUGGCGCGCGAACAGGCGGCGCAGAUCCUGGCGACGGGCAAGAGCGUCGUCUUCAUGCGGGAAGCGUGCGCAGACGAGCUGGGCCCCAGCGACCACGCCCACCAUCUUCAAGCGCUGCUCAAACCACACAACGGAAUGGGUGGGGAGGGUGCGGAGCGGGAGUGUGGGCGAGCGUGGUGGGAGGCGGAGGGGCUACGCGCAGGCGUGGCGGCGGCGCACGCGGCGGCGUCGCAACGGCUACUCAGCGCACUCAUCUCGCACCAUCACCUGCUGGACCACCUCGCUGCGCAUCGCCGGUACCUGCUGCUGGCGCAGGGCGACUUCGUACACCAUCUCAUGACUCUACUGCAGGAGGAGUUAAACAAGCCAGCGAGCUCCCUCUACGUGCACAACCUGACGUGCACGCUAGAGGCGGCCGUGCGCGCCACCAACGCACAGUUCGAGCCGCCGCACGUCCUCUCGCGUCUCCAUGUCAAUUUAUAUCCUAAUUGCGACGGUCGCGAGGACAGCGGGUGGGACGUGUUUGCGCUGCAGUACCGCGUGGAUGGGCCGCUGGGCACGCUGUUCCCGGCGACUUGCGCGGCACGCUACAGGGCGCUGUUCGCGCAGCUGUGGCGCGUCAAGCGCAUUGAGCACGCGCUGCACCGCGCCUGGCGCGAUCACAUCAUACUGCACAAGCGUCUCAAGUACAUGCCCGAGGUGUGGGGUCUAAUGCGUCGGGUGUCAUGCUUGCGCGCGGAGGCGUUGCGGCUGUGCGGCGCGCUUCAGGAGGCGAGCUGCGUCGGCGCGGAGCCCGCGUGGGCGGAGCUAUUGGCCGCCGCCGCCAGCGGACACCACCUGGACUCGCUACUGCGUCUACACCACAAUGCGCUCGAGAGGCACUCCAUACACGCCAUGAUACACCACACCACACAGGAGCUGCAGUCAUACCUGGGUAAUGUGUUGAACGAGACGCUGGCACUGCGCAGCUUCGAAACAACGCUGCACGCCGGCAUCCGCGCGGAGCUCGACCGCCGCGACCGCAUUGAACAACUCAAAGCGGAGAAACUCGCCAGAGGAGAAUAUGCAUUUACUGCAGCAGAUGAAGUGCAAGAUAAAGAAAAAAGAAAAAUAUUUCUCCAGUUCCUAGCGAACAGAAAAGCCGAUUUAAAUGUAUGGACUCGGACAUACAGGGGUCAUGUGACAACUUUGAUUCUGAAGUUAGCAUUGCAUGCAGAAAUAUCUUUACAAACGUUGGCAUUCAGGCUCGACUACAGCGAUUUUUACAAACGCGGUGACGCCAAGCUGCACGAACCACUCACAUACCAGCACAAACGGCUCAGCGAGAUAGGACUUAAUUUGGCCAAGAGCAAACUUUUGAGACGUCCUACGAAGAAGUGACAAGAUGCUUUUACGGAGACAUCAACUACGAGUAUAUGUGCUCCGUGGUUGGGCUUCGUAUGUGUUCGGACCAAUUAACUCGAAUAAUGAACAAUCUCAUAAAAACUAAUGCCUGUCAGUAAGCACACUAAAGACUAAUAAUUUUGUUAACUGUGAAUCAAAUAUUUGUAUUGUAAAUGAGACUAUGUAUGUUACUCAAUCCUGUAAUAAAAUGCUUUUUAAUAUA